GGACAACUUUUCCAUCUCAUCAACCUCAACGACAAUAAUGAAAACGACUGGUUCGCUUACAUUCGCUUAGAAAUGAUUGCGCUUUUUGCUCCUCACAAAUAAUUUCGUUCUUUGUAUUUCUUUAUAGCCUUUCCCCAUGCAUAGACACAAUUUAUCGGCGACGUCGAUCCGCAAGAAAGUUUCUUUCGACCUUGCAGACUUGACAGACGAUUCAGACCCAGAGGAUUAUCGAGACGACUACAAAUCAGACUGGUCGCCCCGAUCAGCCGUUACCGGCAUAACGCCGCGCAGACUUCGCAAAUACGUUAUAGCUUCUCUUGUCUUCUUCGUUGUCCUUUAUAUCACCUUCAAUCGAUCACAUCCGCCUCGGGGUCUAUCUCCCUACCUCAAUUAUGACGCUAUCGACUGGUCGCGAUAUGCUUAUACGCAAUAUGUCACCGACGAGACAUAUUUGUGUAAUUCGGUGAUGGUGUUUGAAGCUUUGGAUCGUUUAGGGAGUCGAGCGGACAGAAUUCUGUUUUAUCCGAAGAGUUGGGAUUUGUUUGUGUCCUCGGAGAAGGAUCGAUUGAGCCAACUUUUGAAUCUGGCGCGGGAUAAGUACAAGGUUCAGCUUGAGCCGGUGACGAUGGAUAGUCUUCAUGAACAUAAGUCGGAGGACCUCGCUACAUGGGAUGAAAGCAUCAACAAAUUAUGGGCUUUCCGAGAGACGACCUACCAUCGCAUCCUACAGAUCGAUUCGGACACCCUCAUCCUUCAGAACCUCGAUGAACUCUUUUUCCUUCCAUCUGCUACAGUCGCCAUGCCGCGGGCAUAUUGGAGUUCUCCCGGGACCAUGAAACUUACCUCUCUUUUGGUUUUGCUUGAACCCUCAUACAAGGAAUACAAGGCGUUGAUGGAAAAGGUGCAAGGGGUAGAGGCGGGUCAACUUGGAACGAACCGGGAUGAGUCGCACGAAUUAUAUGACAUGGAAUUACUUAAUGAACGAUAUGGCGGAUCGGCACUCGUCCUGCCGCAUCGGCAGUAUGGCCUGGUGACGGGGGAAUUCCGUACUAAAGAUCAUCGGAACUUCCUGGGCAACGAUUACGAGACUUGGAAUCCUGAUAAGGUUCUCAGUGAGGCUAAGCUCGUCCAUUUUUCAGACUGGCCGUUACCCAAACCCUGGAUUAUGUGGCCUCACGGACAGCUAGCAAAAAUGCAACCCGUCUGUGACCACAACCCCGGCACACCCCAGGAGAGUGGUUGCCGCGACCGCGAAGUAUGGAAACAACUCUACGAGGACUUUCGGCUGAAACGAAAGGAUGUGUGCAAGCUUCUCAGCUAUCCUGCUCCGGACUGGCCACCAAGGCCGAAGGAUACCUCGAACCUGCCGAACCAGCCACCGCCUAAACAACCUUCUCCACAGGCGCCUUCGGUCGCUUACGAUGUGGAUGUGAAUGCAAAUAUCGAUGCCAAGACAGAGGUCGAUGGGUGAAUAUUUUAGCUGUGCAUUGCUGGCGUUUGGGUUAUUCUGGCGACUGCUACCAGAGGCUGUGUAGACAUAUAUGUAUACAUAUUUAGAA